AUGACCACUGAUCAACGAGUUGGGAAGGUUACUUUUAAGAUCACGUUAACAAGUGAUCCGAAAUUACCCUAUAAAGUCCUCAGCGUUCCUGAAACAACACCUUUCACCGCAGUCUUAAAGUUUGCUGCAGAAGAAUUCAAAGUUCCAUCUGCAACCAGUGCCAUUAUAACGAACGAUGGUGUUGGUAUAAAUCCAGCACAGUCGGCGGGUAAUAUAUUCCUGAAACAUGGAAGUGAGCUAAGGUUAAUACCUAGAGAUCGAGUUGGAUCAUAA